AGAAUGGACUCGUCCUGACACUGCCAUGUUGGAUGGAACUGACUGCGGGCGCUAAGGCAGCCGGACUUCCCAGGAAACUUUUUACCGUUUUCCGCUGUAUUUCGGACCCCUUUUCGCACAGAAACAAUAACUGGCGUCUUCUUCAACACUUGUGCCAUCACAGUCGUGCGACUAUCGAGUGAAAGCGACUUCUGUCUGACUCGCGCAAGAGAGGUGGGAUCGGACGGAGGAAGGCCACGGAUGACCCGGGAAUUGUUUAUGGAUCUUUCCGGACUCAGUUUACCUUCUUAGAGUAAACGUUUGAUUAACAAUGAGUGGACUUCACCCACAACGACAAGCAAAUGUCAGUUCCUUACUACUGACACCUCAAGAGAACGACUACGUUUUUUCCCACCUUGGCAGGAAAUGCAUCACAUUGUCCACAGCAGUGGUCCAGGUGUUCAUCGCCGAGCGGAACGCCACCUGGACCAAAAGAUGCUGCGGCGUGGCCUGUCUGGUCAAGGACAACCCGCAGCGCUCUUACUUCAUCCGAGUCUUUGACAUUAAGGACGGUAAGGUGCUCUUCGAGCAGGAACUGUACAACAACUUCACCAUCAACCCGUCUCGGACUUACUUCAUUACAUUUGCUGGGGACUCGAGCCAAGUGGGCCUGAACUUUGCUAAUGAGGAGGAGGCCAAACGGUUCAGAGGUCACCUGGCAGAGCUCUUGGGCAAAAAGCUAAGGAAAUCUGAGAAGAGACGCGAUCCUCCAAACGGUCCGGCACUCCCCAUGGCCACCGUGGACAUCAGAAACCCUGAAAUCAGCACGGGGCACCGUUUCCAUAGCAACUCUCAGGUGAACAACAUCAUGCACUCCACCUUCACCAAGAGGGAGAAGAAGGGCAAAGGCAAGAAGAAGAGGCUGACGAAGGCUGACAUCGGCACGCCGAGCAACUUCCAGCACAUCGGGCACGUUGGAUGGGAUCCAAACACAGGCUUUGACUUAAAUAACUUGGACCCCGACCUGAAGAACCUCUUCGACAUGUGCGGCAUCUCCGAGGCGCAGCUCAAGGACAAAGAAACCUCCAAGGUCAUCUACGACUUCAUCGAGAAGAAGGGAGGCGUGGAAGCCGUCAAAAACGAGCUGCGGCGACAAGCUCCCCCGCCGCCUCCAUCCAGAGGCGGCCCUCCUCCCCCUCCCCCUCAUCAUGGUUCAGCCCCACCGCCGCCACCUCCCGCCCGUGGGCGUGGCGCCCCGCCGCCCCCUCCGCCCUCCCGAGCCCCCGUCUCGGCACCUCCGCCCCCUCCACCAUCCCGGCCGGGCAUGAACGCCCCCCCGCCGCCCCCUCCCAACCGAGGCUACCUGGCCCCGCCACCACCGCCGGCCCACGCCUCGGCAGGCGGGCCGCCACCACCUCCGCCGCCCCCCACAUCCUCCAUCCCUUCAUUCGGGGGACCGCCGCCCCCGCCUCCCCCGCCGCCUCCCGGACCCCCGCUGUCGUCUGACGCCAACGGCGCCGUGGACGGCGGCAUGUCGCUCCCCGGCGGCAAAACGGCCUUGCUAAGUCAGAUCCGCGAAGGCACCCAACUGAAGAAGGUGGAUCAGAAGGAGCGCCCCGCGUCCAACACUGGGCGAGACAGACUUCUGGACCAAAUCCGACAAGGAAUCCAACUCAAACCUAGGGGACGAAAACAAAUGAAACAAAAUGACUCGCCUCCUUCCUCCCUGGCCCCCUCGGACGGCAUCGUGGGGCGCUGAUGGACGUCAUUCGGAAAAGGGGCAAAGCCAUUCAUUCUUCAGAUGAGGACGAUGACGACGAAGAUGAUGAAGACUUUGAAGAUGAGGAUGAAUGGGAUGACUAGUGGUUUUUCUUCCUCCUCCCAAAAGUGCGGGAUGAUUAAGACGCAAAAAAUGUUCCUUUCUUACCUAAAAAAAAUCUUUAAUUUCAAAUCACAAAAAUGUAAAUUUUCUAUCAAUUUGCUGUAAAUGUUUUGUUGCCUUUUUUUUUUUUUUUUUUUUGGCUUUUUUUAUUAAUCUGUGCAAUACCUCAUUUAAUCUGUCAGACAUUCUCAUAUCUGUUGUUUUUGUUUCCAGACGUCCGAUGUCUCUUUUUUUUUUUUUUUGUUUUAACUGUCUUCUGCUUGUUUUCAUCUCUCGCCAGACCACCUGUCAUUUUGCGCACAUUCCCUGCGUCCUGUCACUCGUCUUCCCAAAAUAACGUGCAAUUCUGACAUCAAGCUGUCAUUGAUCUUCCGGCCAAUUAUCAGAAAACAAGAGUUCCUCCCUUUGUGUUUUAGUUGCAGGAGAAAAAAAAAAGAAAGAAUUAUUUCAUACGCAAAUUAGUUUUGCCUACCCUAAUAAUUCUAGUUUAGCACUCAUAUUGUUGUUCCGGGGGAAAAAAAAAAAAUAUAUAUAGCUUGAGCUGCUGUCCUCUGUAAAUGUGCUCCAGAUGCGAGGUCUUGAUAUAUAAUAUAUAUUUUUUUUGCACAGAAAGAGGAGUCGCUGCUGACAACAGGGACACGUUCAGGUCUGUAUCACAAAGCGCACACGCAGCGCUUUGUGAAAUAGGAAAAAAUAGGAGUGCAGCGAUGUGUUGACGAUUAUAGUGCUGCGAAUAUUUGCUUUCUAACGCAGUAUCGAUAACAGACGCUGAUACAUAAACUGACACUUGUAAUUGAAAAAAAUAUAUAUUUUACCAAUUGAUAUUUUGUGACAGUCAUGCCAUGAUUAUCUCAUUGGACAGAAUAUUUUUUUUUUUUGUUACCUUUUAUCACAUAACACUACAAGUGGAUUUCAGUCACUACAAAAUAUUUUUUUUCGCCCCUAUCCUUUUCUACGUUACAAUAUAAAGCAGAGUUUUGUCUAUUUGUUGGAAUUGGGUUGUUGAUCUUGUAAAAUUUGAGAAAUAAAGACGUUUUUAGUUUUA